AUGGUCAACAAUGCGACCCACGUGCGCAUCAUGUGCAAUGAUCACGAGGACGUUGCUCUGAACGUCCAACUCUUGCAACUUCUUCACUGUAUCCGUCGCCAGAGGAAUGUCAUACCCAAACGCCAUAUCGUACAAGGUAUCAUCAGUCUGCCUCCCGCGCGAAGUUUGGAGUUCUUCGAACGCAUGUCCUGGACAAAAAGAUGCCGAGCUAUGUGGAAGCACAGGAUGCGGAGAGAUCUCCUUGGGGACUGGCAGAUGGAUCGAUGGCCGCAUGAUACCGGAGUAAUGACAUAUAUCGCCACCCAGGAAAAUGAACGUAUCAGGAUUCACUGUUGUCCUUACAAGAGCACAGAGAUGUCCAACUGCAUGUCCUGGACUGUUGAGGAGGUAUACUGAUCCGUCUCCGAAGUAGUCUAUGGCCGGGAAUUGUCCAAUGCGGAUUGUGCCCGGCUUUGCAAAGUCGAGCUCGCGGAGCUCUCUCCCGCUAAGAAACAAGGAAUCAGCAAAGCUAUUCAGCGGCGACCCCUGAUACGAUACCUACUCCCACGCACUCUCCGAUAUUGGACUUUCUGGAUUCGUCGGCGCCGCCGGCAAUAAUAAUUCUUGGAAACCAGGACCAACAACAAGCGCGGUGGACUUCGGGAAAGUGCUAGGAUCGCCUACAUGAUCCCAAUGCCUUCGAUCAUUGUCAGUCCAAAUUCACAGCCACACUGACCUUGCUGCCACUCACCAAUGGCUCCAUAUCACCGCCUCCACAUCAUUAAGAUCCACCCCAUUAUCGCUCAAAGUAUCCGCAACAUGGCCUUGCACCUGAAUGUUGUACCCAGA